AUGCUCAUAGACAUCACAGACUCAGACGUCCCAUAUGAGCUCGAGAUCCUUAAAUCUCCAGAAGAAAUCGCUCCAUGGCUUCGAUACAUUCAGCAUUGCCGCGAUCGACCUCUUGUCCAUCAAGUUUCUCUCUACGAACGUGCAGUCCGUAGAUUCCCGCGCUCAUACAAAAUCUGGAAAGACUAUUUGGAUCUGCGCACCAGCCAUGUCGCAGGCCUCAACACCAGUGCUCAUGUUCACCACUUUGCUUCAGUUAAUGCAUGCUUUGAGCGCGCUUUUCUUCUUCUUUCUAAAAUGCCCCGUCUGUGGACAGAUUAUCUUGAGUUUCUAAUGCUUCAAGCCGACACCUCUAUAACACGUCGCGCCUUUGACCGCGCAUUACAAUCUCUUUCUGUAUAUCAGCAUUACAGAAUUUGGCCACUUUAUCUUCAGUUUGCCACCUCUAAUGCAUGUGAUGAAACUGCAGUUUCUGUUUUUGCCCGCUAUGUAUACUUUCAGCCUCGUGAAAUCGAAUCUUACGUUGAGCUUCUCAUUGACCGUGGCUUUUACGACAAGGCUGUCGAAACACUAAUUAAAAUCCUUGAUAACUCAGAUUUUGCUUCAGUUAAGGGUAAAAGCAGAUUUCAAAUUUGGUCUGACCUCGCUGAUACUCUCAUCCACCAUCCUAAAGAAACCGCGCGCUGGCCCACAAACCGCAUUCUACGUAGCGGCAUUGCACGAUACCCCGACCAAUUUGGCAAACUUUGGGUUUCCUUAGCUUCAUAUUAUAUUUACAAGGGUGACAUUGAGCAAGCCCGUGAUGUUUUUGAAGAAGGGAUGACAACAGCGAUGACAGUCCGCGAUUUUUCUUUAAUUUUUGACAGUUACUCUGAAAUGGAAGAAAUCAAUCUUUCCAAACUCGUAGAAAAAGAAGAUCCUACUUUUGAUAGGGAAAUCGACCGUCUUAUGGCCGCUUUUGAACAGCUCAUGACUCGCAGAACUUUUCUCGUCUCUGACGUCCUUCUUCGCCAAGACCCAAACAAUGUUGUCGAAUGGGAAAAACGGGUCGCCCUGUGGAUGGGAAACGAUGCCCAAAUGGUCCAUACUUAUGCAGAGGCCCUCGCUACUAUAAAACCUACAAAGGCAAACGGCAAGCUCUACAAACUAUGGGUCUCCUACGCCCGCUUUUACGAACAACGAGAUCAACCAGAUUGGGCUCGCGUUAUUUUCGACAAGGCAACAAAAGUUCGCUUUAAGUCUAUAAACGAGCUUGUGGAGAUUUACAUUGAGUGGGCCGAAAUGGAACUACGAUUGGGCGAAUUUGACCGCGCUAGUACGAUUCUACAAACAGCAACAAAGGUGCCAAGCAUUAACCCUUCAAAAAUUGACUUUUUUAAUGAUGAUAUCCCUCCACAAGAACGACUAUUUAAAUCAAUGAAACUCUGGUCAUUCUAUGUCGACCUCUUGGAAUCUGCAGCCAGUGAAGACCACCACCUUAUUGAUACCGUCAAGAAAACUUAUGAUAUCAUUCUCCAGCUGAAAAUCGGUACCCCCCUGACCAUUGUCAACUAUGCCAGCUUUCUCUGGGACCUCGAUCGUUUUGAAGAAGCGUUCAAAAUUUAUGAACGCGGUGUCGAGCUUUUCUCUUACCCAAUUGCAUUUGAAAUUUGGAACAUUUAUCUUCAAAAGGCCAUAGAGCGCAAGCUUGGUAUGGAGCGUUUACGAGAUCUCUUUGAGCAAGCCCUUGACGGCUGCCCCAACAAUAUUGUCAAACCCAUAUUUGUAUUAUUUGGCAAGCUUGAAGAAGACCGCGGAUUAGUCCGCAAUGCUAUGAAAAUAUAUGACCGCGCUGCUAGAAUUGUUCCAGAAAAUGACAAGGCGGAAAUGUUCAAGUACUACAUUGCACGUACCAUUGAAAACUUUGGUCUGGCUGCAACACGGCGUAUUUUUGAACGUGCAAUCAACUCUCUCAAAGGAGCAGAGGCUAGAGACAUGUGUGUCGACUUUAUUGCUGUAGAACUUAAACUUGGCGAGGUAGAUCGUGCUCGAGCACUAUAUGCAUGGGGAAGCCAGUUUAGUGAUCCAAGAACUUCACCAGAAUACUGGACCCAGUGGCACGAAUUUGAGCUACGGUAUGGUAACGAAGAUACUUACAAGGAAAUGCUACGCAUUAAGCGGUCUGUUUCGGCAAUGUUUAAUACUAAUAUUGGCUACAUUGCAGCUCAAGCUGUGGCCCUCAAAAACCAAAUCGUCCAGCAACAAGAGAAUGGAUUCAGUGAAUCAGCAACUCCUGCUGGGUUUGUGCUUAGUAAAGACUCGGAAAAGAAAAGGCAAAAUCAAAAACUUAAACUUAAACAGGAACUUGAACUUGAACUUGAACCUGAACCUGAACCUGAACCUGAACCCCAAAAACCUAAAGAAGCUCUGAAAGAAUCAAAUCCUGAUGAAAUUGAUAUUAACAUGGACGACAUUUAA